UUUGAGAUUUGCGAGAUUUAUUUACGUAAAAAACUUAAACUUUUUACAGUAUUAGAGAAAUUUAAAUUAUAAUCUUGUAAUCUGGUGAAAAUACGCGUAAAUCCUGGCUACUUUUCAUCUCAGACAGAACUGAUGAAUUUGAUUUUUUGGGCGGUGCUUUUAACAUUUUAAUUUUGGCAACUCUGUGGUGACAGCCGUACACUCGAUUUAUUGCGCAAUGGAAAUAAUAUUAAAUUAUCUGUUUGUUUCCUAAUUCCAUCAAAUGAUUUCGAGUCCAAAGUCCACAUUUUCCUCGAGAAACUUUCAGUGCGUGCAAAGAAUCCCGCGAGAAUGGCAGAAAGUCCGCGAGUCCUCUCGAUCCAAAGUCACGUCGUUUCAGGUUAUGUCGGUAACAAAAGCGCAACGUUUCCCCUUCAGCUGUUGGGCUUUGAAGUCGAUUUCAUCAAUUCGGUCCAAUUUUGCAACCACACUGGGUACAAAAAGGUAGCGGGACAAGUCCUAACUGAGAAGGAUUUGGACGACUUGGCUUUAGGCCUCCAAGCCAAUAAUUUGGACUUCUACAGCCACCUUUUGACUGGCUAUAUCGGAGCUGAGAGCUUCCUCAAGAGAAUAUGUGCGUUGGUGAAACAUCUGAAGAGUGUCAACCCAUCGCUGACCUAUGUGUGCGACCCAGUGAUGGGCGACAAUGGGCGGAUGUAUGUCCCAGCUGAUUUACUUCCAAUUUACAAGAACAGUAUUUUACCCUUGGCUGACAUAAUCACCCCUAAUCAGUUCGAGGUCGAGCUACUCACAGACAUGAAAAUCAACAACGUGGAAGAUGCCUGGAAGGCUGUUGAUUUCUUACACAACAAGGGCCCCAAAAUCGUUGUUGUGUCAUCUACAGAGUUGGGAAACGACCAAAAUUUACUCGUUUUAGCGAGUAAGAAAGUAGGGAGUAGCUCUGAAAAGGUUACUAUAAAGGUUCCCAAAUUAUCUGGGUCGUUUACCGGGACUGGGGAUUUAUUUGCCGCAUUAUUUUUAGCCUGGAUGCACAAAAGUGGGAAUAACUUGAAAGAAUCUUUGGAGAAGACCGUUUCAACACUUCAGGCCGUUCUAAAACGUACCAUUGAAUGUGCAAAGGGCGAAGUCACCUCAAGGGCGAAAGAACUGAAGUUGAUUCAGAGUAAAAAAGAUAUUGAGAGUCCCACAAUUGUUGCCUCUGCUAAUGUGGUUUAGAUUUGUACCAAAGAUUUGUUUUAUCGGUGUGAUAAGAAAAGUUACUAGACGUCUUCCAUAAAAAUUUAAAUUACACGCGGUGAUAGCUGCUAUAAUGUGUUUUUAAUUUGUAUAGUAUAUGAAUGUUUUUACGUGUUUGUUAAGAGUAUUAAAUAUAAGUACUUAAAUAAGUG